UUGACGUGGCAGAGGCCGCACCUGCCUCGUUGGCCGGCCGAGGUCCUCGCGUUCGCCGGGGGCGGGGCCCUGACUGCGGUGCCUGGGUUGCUCGGGCGAGGCCGCAGGGACUGACAGAGGCUGCGACCGGCGUCGGUCUCGGGGGAAGGACGCUGUGAAAUAAGCAUCAAGCCUCAACCAUGACGACCUAUUUGGAAUUUAUCCAACAAAAUGAAGAACGAGAUGGAGUCCGCUUUAGUUGGAAUGUUUGGCCAUCAAGUAGACUGGAAGCUACCAGAAUGGUUGUUCCAGUGGCAGCCUUGUUUACACCUCUUAAGGAAAGACCUGACUUACCACCCAUUCAAUAUGAGCCUGUUCUGUGCAGUAGGACCACCUGCCGUGCUGUUUUGAAUCCUUUAUGUCAAGUGGAUUAUCGAGCAAAACUCUGGGCUUGCAACUUCUGUUAUCAAAGGAAUCAGUUUCCACCAACUUAUGCUGGGAUAUCUGAACAGAAUCAGCCUGCUGAACUUUUGCCUCAGUUUUCUAGCAUCGAAUAUGUAGUUCUGCGUGGUCCUCAGAUGCCUUUGAUAUUUCUCUACGUGGUUGAUACGUGCAUGGAAGAUGAAGACUUACAAGCCUUGAAGGAAUCCAUGCAGAUGUCAUUAAGUCUCUUGCCACCAACAGCUUUGGUUGGACUUAUUACUUUUGGGAGAAUGGUGCAGGUUCAUGAGCUUGGAUGUGAAGGCAUUUCAAAAAGCUACGUCUUUAGAGGAACAAAAGAUCUAUCUGCCAAACAACUGCAGGAAAUGCUGGGGCUUGCUAAAGUACCAGUAACUCAAGCAACACGUGGUCCUCAGGUACAGCAGCCGCCUCCUUCCAAUAGAUUCUUACAGCCAGUGCAGAAAAUAGACAUGAAUCUCACAGAUCUUCUGGGAGAACUUCAGAGAGACCCUUGGCCUGUCCCACAGGGCAAGAGACCUUUGCGUUCCUCAGGAGUGGCUCUUUCCAUUGCUGUGGGACUUCUUGAGUGUACUUUUCCCAACACUGGUGCUCGGAUCAUGAUGUUCAUUGGUGGUCCUGCUACUCAGGGGCCUGGAAUGGUGGUGGGAGAUGAACUGAAGACACCUAUAAGAUCCUGGCAUGACAUUGAUAAAGAUAAUGCCAAAUAUGUUAAGAAGGGAACUAAGCAUUUUGAAGCAUUGGCUAAUCGAGCUGCUACAACCGGCCACGUUAUCGAUAUCUAUGCUUGUGCAUUAGAUCAGACAGGCCUCCUGGAGAUGAAGUGCUGUCCCAACCUUACUGGAGGAUACAUGGUUAUGGGUGACUCUUUCAACACUUCCUUAUUUAAGCAAACUUUUCAGCGAGUCUUCACCAAAGAUAUGCAUGGACAGUUUAAAAUGGGCUUUGGUGGUACAUUAGAAAUAAAGGAAGAUCUGUUAACAUUAUAUAUACAAUGAGAUUAAGCAUUUCUGGACACUUGUGAAUAAAGUAGAAUUAUAUAGGUAAAAUUUCUUUUAACUCUAUUGUUUAUUUAUACUGGCUUUAACUUUUUUUUUCUUUUUUUUUUUUUUUGUUGGUUGUGGGGCUAACUCUGGGCCUG